AUUUUUUCUCUCUCUUUGCUCAUACAGUUUUGAGCUUUACAAAGAUCUUAUAGUGGGGACGAUCCAAGCUUUUACUUUACAGAAUAAUCUGAAUUAGCUUUUUUGUUGAAUCCGUAUCAACUUUUUUUUUAAAUUAUUUUUUUUUUGGUUGAGUUUUGAUUAAUUUAAUUUAUUUUUUAUUGAUAAAGGUAAGCUGGGUUGGUGAAUUUGUGCUGUUUUUCUGCGAUCUCGAUUGGUUAAGCUGAGGAGUAUUUGGAACAUUGGUAAAUGGAUGGGGAAUUUUUGUGUUUUGUAUAGGUGAAGUUUUAUAGAGGUUUUGGGGGGUCUAAAAAGUGAAAAAUCUUUGAAUUUUUGGAGUAUUUAUUUGAAUGAUUUCUGGUGGGAGUAGAGAUGGAAGGAAGGGAAUAGGUUUAGGGUUUGAUGGUGGAGUAGAAAUGAUGGAGGAAACUGAGCUUGAAGAAGGAGAGGCUUACAGUUAUGAUAAGAACAACAGGAAUGAUUCAACCAUUGACCCUGAUGUUUCUCUAUCUUACCUUGAUGAGAAACUCCACAAUAUUUUGGGACAUUUUCAAAGGGAUUUUGAAGGUGGAGUUUCAGCUGAGAAUCUGGGGUCAAGAUUUGGCGGGUAUGGUUCAUUUUUACCUACUAAUCAGAGUUCUCCUUCUUGGUCUCAUCCAAGGACUCCACCAGAAGCCAACAACAAUAGCAGACAAAUAUCACCAAACAAUCUGCUCCCUGAGGAUGGUCGACAAAUCUUAAUAGGAUCUUCAAGCACUUCUCUGUCAGGAAGGCUUGCAGCAUCUUCUGCCCAUUCAGCAGCAGUAUCUGCACUUAAGGCUCCACAAUUUAAGGGGGAAAGGAAUUCUGCUCAAACAACUACUCGAGCUGAAGAUUCCAAUUCAAAAAGUCAAAAAGUGAAGAAGCCAAGAAAUGCUUCUGACCCGAAAACGCUUAAGCUGCGUAUCAAAGUUGGCCCCAAAAAUUUGUCGAUCCAAAAGAAUGCCGAAAUCUACAGUGGGCUUGGGCUAGAUGUCUCUCCAUCAUCAUCGCUGGAUGGUAGCCCCAUCGAUAGUGAAGGGGUAUCCCGUGACCUUCAGGUUUCCCCAGAUGAAUCCCCUACUAGUAUACUUCAGAUUAUGACCUCACAUCCAAUCCGUGAUAGCUUAUUGUUAUCCCCCCUCUCAGACGAGUUGAUUAGCUUGACUGAAAAUGAAAAGCUUUGGGGAAAAUGUGGAUAUGAAGGAAAGAAAAAGGCAAGCCUUGAAUCUUUGGCAUUACCGAAUGGUACUCAUUAUGCAAAUGGAGAAGUUUCAGAGGCGAGGAAAUUGAAAACUUACGACAAAAAUUCCUUGGCAAAGGACAAAGGCUAUGCUAAUCAAAAUGGUAGUGCCUUAUUAUCAAAGAAGGAGAUCGAUAUUGAUGGUCUUGCAUGUGAAGAACUUGUUUCAAAGGCCUUGAAACUCCCGCUUUUAUCUAAUCCAUACCCUAAUGCUGCCGAUCCUCCAAAAGAUGCAGAGAAGACAGUAAACAGUUCAAAAACAGCCAUUAAGGGUAAGACAAAAGAAGCAUCCUCUGAGCGGGCAUCCAAGAAAUCUUUGCUGCCUGUCACUGCAAUAGACACAAGUUCUGUUGAAGGGUCUGGUGGAAAGGUUUCCUCAUCUAGGAGAACUAUGGAAAUUAAAGGGUCGGAUUGUAAUGAUCAUAGCUCAGGAUACUUGAAGAAAGAAGGCCACAACGAAGAGGAAAAACCUGAUGCUUCAUCCAACAAUGGACAGUCUAAAGACGGGAAUGUGCGAAAUGUAGAUGCAGUUAGUCCCCUCAAGCAGUUAUCUCGUCAGAAAAGCUCCUCCAACAAUGAAGAUGGAAUGAAACUGGCUCCUGAAAAGGAACUUUUAGCAUAUAGAGACACAACGAAACCCAAAGGAAAUCAAUGUCAUAAAGCCCAAAGUUCCGAGGUAAUAAAAGAAGGUUCUGUUCCUCAUUCGUUUAUAGCAUCUAAGGGUAAGAAAACCUCUUCGAGCAACAUCCUCUUAUCUAAAAGUGAAUCAGAGGACAUGAAAAAGAACCUAGCCAGGGAUAAAUACAAGGAAUUCUUCGGUGACGUAGAACUCGAACUAGAAGAUGCUGAAACUGGUUUGGAGCAAAUUCAUUCAAAGGAAAUGCUCAAGGGUUCUGAUGCAAUCAGUAAGAAGAGAGUUGAACGUAAUAGCUCAAUGAAGGAAAAAGUUAAUGGUAGGAAAACUGAGAAGCCCUUUGCUUCCGCGGAGUAUCCUAGUUUGGCUUCAAAUGGGGCUCCUCACACCGUCUGUGAAUCCAAUCCCGCUGCACCUCCAGGAGCAGGGGCUCCGGUAGUUAAAGAAGAUUGGGUAUGUUGCGACAAGUGUCAGACUUGGCGUAUACUGCCACUUGGCACUGAUCCAGACAGUCUCCCCAAGAAGUGGGUCUGUAGAUUGCAAACCUGGCUGCCUGGAAUGAAUCGCUGUGGUAUCAGUGAAGAGGAAACGACGAAGGCUCUAAGAGCUCUUUACCAGGUGCCGAUGAGUGGUGCUACCGCCCCUGCGUCACACAAACAAUAUAGUCAGCAUGAACAUCCUGGUGGAGCACUCUUAGGAGUAACUUCUCUUGACACUUUGCAUGCCAGCCAAGAACACCAAAAAGCAGAUAUACAAGCUGUUGAUGCUGGUGGGAAGAAAAUUUAUGGAUUAAAAGGUGUGUUAAGUGUGUCCAAACAGGAAGGUUUACUGUCAUCAAACAGUGUCAAAAGAAACCAUCAGGGAACUCCAAAUAGCAGAAGCUCGAAUGGUACUAAUAAUUCUCCCACUGAUGAAAAUGGCCAUCAACUGGUGGACCUGCCAAGUAGCUCAAUCGUAGAGAAGCAGAGACGUAAACAAAAAGAGAAGAGAAGAUCGCUUGAGAAUCAUCCUGAUCGGGGUAUAAAAAAUUCGAAGAUGAGUAACAUAAGUGAGACAGAUUUGGAUGGUUCUACAGCUAAAAAGUUCAGGAGAGAUGAUAUACAUUAUGAUGAUGAUCAUACUGGGGCAAAACCAGGACGGAGCUCAAGCACUGGUUUGUCAAACAGUGGAUCGGAAAAGGUUAGAGAUAAAUAUAAAAGCAAGCAGCCAAAGGUUGAAUCAUUGAAAAAUUCGGCUUUAGCAAAAAACCCAGAAAGUCAUUCUUUGGAUGGUUCACUCCAUAAAUGUGACCGUAAAGACUCCCUUAAGAGGAAAUGGAGUGAAUGCCAGAAUUCUGAUACACAACCUCCCCGAGAUAUUAUAGAAGAGACAUGCAAUAAUGGCCGUAGGAAAGAAAAGAAAUCAAGGGUCUCCAAGUCCUCAGGAAAAGACUCCAGUAGAAGCAAAGCUAGUGGAGGGACUGAUGGAAAAGGUAGAGGUAAGAAGGGAGAGCCAGUCGGACAAGAUCUAGAUAGCACUGUGUCUCAGCCUAGUGCAGAUGCUGAAGAUUCUUCAAAAAUGGAUUUGUCUGCUUUGCAGCCUUCUGUUGCAGCCACUUCAAGCUCUUCUAAAGUGUCUGGUUCACAUAAGAACAGAACUAGUCUUCAGGAACCGAAGAGUUCACCAGUAGAAUCGGUAUCUUCAUCUCCUUUGAGAAUUUCAAAAAAGGAUUUAUGUUCAACAACUAAAAGGAAUCCCAAGAGAAAAGACGAACACAAGAAUGCUAAUUCCAUUCCCAGUUCUACACCAAGGUGGUCUUCUUAUGGUGAAAACGAUAGGUGCAGCAAUCGUUUUGGGAUGAUAAAGAAGGAAGAAUCUUCCAAUGGCAAGUAUCAUGGAAUGGAGUCCUCUGAACUUGAUUACCAGGAGAAAGAUGUCCAUGAUGUAUCAGGUGCUACAAUUAAAGCAAAGAUCACAGGUUCUGAUUUUGCUACUCAUCGGGACACUGAUGUAACUGCUGAUCCAUUAGGUCAAGAUAAUCAAGAUGCUUGCAGGACAGAGAACUCAGACCAAGGCCUAAAUAAUGAAAGAAGGAACAACAGUCAGUUUCAUAAUAAUGGGUCUACCUCUAAGGAUGAGAAGCUUUUGUUUUCUCAGCAUAAAGAAAAGAAUCGUCCUGUCAGAUCUGAUUCUGGCAAAUGUAAGACUAAGGAUCCUGAUAUUUCAAAUGAAUCUUCAGAUCAAAGAAUAGAUGAGGGGAAAUUGACAUCUGGAAGAAACAAGUUUGAAGAUAAAUCUGGUGCCAGUUCUGACAGAUUACAACAAGGUUCCAAGAAAGAUUCUUUUGGAAAAUUGUUGAAUGAGAAUGUUAAAGGUGUUACUCAAUCGAAAUUUGUUGAUGGUGCUGAAGUUAAAUUGGAUGUUAUAUCCAGCCUGGAUAAAAGGCAGGCUGCUCUAACUGAUCAAGAUGAUGAGAAAUCGUCUAGGAAGCUUGCAUCUGACAAAACUCAGCAAAUUGAAGUACUUGAGAAAGGGAAGUCACACUUAACAUCUCCUUCAAUAAGAGGUCAGAAUGAGACAGUUCAAUCUUCACAACCAGUUCCUGCAUUCAAAAGGGAGGGUGUAGCUAACUUGUUGGCAGUAGAUGCGUUUGAAGGAGAGAUGUUGAAUGCUUCAAGACAGGGUAAAAAAUCUGAAAGCCACCCUGGAAACACACCUAAUAGUUUGCGACACUCUACUCCGCCUGCAAAUAAGGUCCGGGAUCCAAACGCUCGCAGCCCUAUUCGGAAGGUUUCUGCAAGCCAAGCUGCUGCAAAUGCUAUUAAAGAAGCCACAAACCUUAAACAUCUGGCAGAUCGCCUCAAGAACUCUGGCUCAAGUGAAAGUACAAGUCUCUAUUUUCAAGCAACCCUAAAGUUUCUCCAUGGAGCAUCCUUGUUAGAAUCAUGCAACGACAGCGCCAAACACAGUGAAAUUUAUAGCAGCACUGCAAAACUGUGCGAGUUUGUUGCCCAUGAAUACGAGAGAUUGAAAGACAUGGCUGCUGUUUCACUAGCCUAUAAAUGCAUGGAGGUUGCGUACAUGCGAGUAAUCUAUUCCUCUCAUUUCAAUGCAAACAGAUAUAGAAAUGAACUACAAACAGCCCUGCAAAUUUUUCCUCCAGGUGAAUCCCCCUCCUCUUCUGCCUCCGAUGUUGACAAUUUGAACAAUCCAACUAUCGCAGACAAGGUUGCCUUGGCGAAAGGUGUUGCUUCUCCCCAGGUUUCCGGAACUCAUGUUGUCUCAGCGAGAAACCGUGCUAGCUUCACGCGGCUAUUUAACUUUGCACAGGAAGUUAAUUUAGCAAUGGACGCCUCCAGGAAAUCACGUGUUGCUUUUGCAGCUGCUUAUCCUGGACACAGUGAUACACAGUGUAAAGUGCCUGCAUUAUCCGUAAAGAAGGCCCUUGAUUUGAGCUUCCAUGAUGUCGACAGCUUAUUACGCUUAAUCCGGAUUGCCAUGGAAGCUAUUAGCCGUUGAAAUUUAAAUUAUGGCUAAAACCAUGUGAGUCCAUGGGACAGACUCUUGAACCUGUUCCUUCAUUUGCUGUCAAUUGAGGAGAUGUCAGAAAGAGGAUCUCUUGGUCGAGAUAUGAUAUAACCUAUGAAGUUAUGAGUUCUACUCAUAAUGCCCUUGUAAAUCUGUACAUAGCUGAAAACUAUAGUUGGUAAGAUAUUCUCAAUACAGUCACAGUCCCAAUCUUAGAGAAAUAGGGGGCUUCACUGUUUGGUAGUCGGGAAAGCUUGUUUGACACGAGGUUUUGAAGAAAAAGGGGAGGAUUAUAGUAUCCAGAUGUCAACUUUGUGGGGAAACAGAUGAGACAAAUAGACAUCUUUUGUUGCAUUGUACAUUCACUGCACAGUUAUGGAAUUUAUUUUUUACUCUCAGACACAAAAUGGACCAUGCGUGAGCGCACUGCAGAUCUGUUGAGUUACUGGAUUAGAAGAGGUGGAAGCAAGAGCUAGAAGAGGUGGUGGAAAAUCAAUCCUCAUUGAAUCAGGGGGACUGUGUAGGAGAGAGAGAAAUAGCAGAUGUUUUGAAGAUAUGUCCAAUUCCAUUCAUAGAUUUAAAUGGAAUUGUAUUGUAUCUUUCUUUUUUUGGUGUAAAGAAACAGAGAUAGUGGAAUUAGAGCUUGUAGAUCUGGUAGGCUCUCUGUAAGUAGUUUCUUCCUUAUUCUCUUCUUUUGAAGGUCUCCAACAUAUCCUUAAUGUUGAUGAAUACAACAUUACCAGUUUCAAAAAAAUAAUAAUAAUAAGGAACUUGGUGGUCCUGUCAUAAAUUCAUAGCAUUGGAAUGCUUGUUGUUAUUGAUCCAGCUGACUUGCCUCUCCCAGAUCGAAGAUACAUUUGCAAUCAGGAUGGCUUCUUGUUAGUUUUGACUUGUAGAAGGAAAAAUUCAAAGAGCUGAACUUCCACAACUGCACAGAAGAGUAGUGUGAUUAGUAUAUAGUGUUCGAGUUGAUUGAUGAGUUGUUGACAUUGACGAGGCUCGGAAUAUACAAACUCUCCCUGUCUAGUUGAGGGGAAUCAUAAGAUGAGAAAUGCAGUUGUUGCAAGUCUUUCUGUAUUUGUUAAUUGCUUCUUGUUGAGAAAGAAGUUCAGGUAGCCAAUUGCUAUACUUUUUCGACAGUUAACUUGGCUUUGUUCUACAUACUGACAGUGUUGAUAAACUUUUUCUACUACCAGUGCACUUUGUUUGACCUUUGAAUUGUGAUUGUAGCCAACAGGUUAAUCACCCAUUUUUACCAAGUUACCAAAUAUUGUACUUCAUAAGAUAUACUUGUAAAUUGUACAGUGCCUUAUAAGUAACUUGACCGUGUAAGUGAAAUUUUCACUGGUCUCAAGGGUUAGGUUGUUUAACUUAUGUCUUCAUGUUAUAAGUUUGAGCCCUGCGGCAAACAAAUAUGUAGCAGGGGCGGUCUCAUGAUUGCUGAGUUUCGGAGUCUGUAGUUGGCCCAAAAAGUUACUGUUUAUACAUAAAUUUACUUUUUUGAAUGGGAUUUA